UCCUCAUUACCAUACAUCAAUGACGUCAACGUUUGUGCUGCUGGCAGAAUACUAGUUCAUCUCGCGACCAGACUUUGUAGUGGGGACAAUCAUAACCGUCUUGAUUUGGGAUAUUUCCAUUUUUAUUUAGUUUUGACAAGGAAUUGCUUUAUCCUAUUAUUCGUUUGGCUUAUUAUCAAAAAUCUCAACGAUGGCCUGCUCGGGUUUCACCUGCUCCAAGCACUCCCUCUGUGCGCUCAAUAUCCUUUAUGUUAUGGUGAGUCUGCUGAUGAUCGGCAUCGCUGCGUGGGGGAAGUGGUUUGGCCUGGUGUCCAGCUUCCAGGUGGUGGGCGGAGUCAUUGGAGUGGGCGUAUUCCUGUUCUUCGUGGCGUUGGUCGGCCUCAUCGGCGCCGUGAAGCACCACCAGGUCCUACUCUUCUUCUAUAUGAUCAUCCUCUUCAUGGUGUUCAUCGUCCAGUUCUCUGUCUCCAGCGCCUGUCUGGCCAUCAACAAGGAUCAGCAGGAACAACUGUUGGAGGUGGGAUGGAACAACUCUCACACCACCCAGAGAGACGUAGAGAAGAGUCUCAACUGCUGUGGCUUCUACCAUGUAGACAACAACGGGACCUGUGACGCUGCCUGUUUCCCCAACCACUCCUGUUCACCGUGUGCUGAGCACAUCCAGGCGCAUGCAGGAGAGGUGUUGCGCUUCGUUGGCGGGAUAGGCCUCUUCUUCAGCUUCACUGAGAUCCUGGGGGUGUGGCUAACGUAUCAAUACAGGAACCAGAAAGACCCUCGAGCCAAUCCCAGUGCCUUCCUGUAACUGCUGGCAACUGCUCUGCGCCCCGCCCCCCUCAUCCCACACCCUGGAAGUGGCUAACCCUCCUCCUGGAGAGUUACUGGAUGUGCAGGCUUUUUCUCCAGCUCUACUCUAACACUAACACAGCUGAUUCUAAACGAAUUAGAUGCUCAUCGGGACCAUUUUCAGCUGAAUCGGUUGUGAUAGUUAAAGCGGGGCCGAAGCAAAAGCCUGCAGUAGCUCUCCUGGUGGAGGUGGGUUUGCCGCCUGUUUUAGGGGCUGUGUUUGUAAAUAAGCGAGUGACUUGUGUGUGUUUUCACCAGCUGAGCGAAGCGGCAGGCCUUUGUGUGGUGUUUCAUAAAGGUGUGUGUCUGGAAAAGAACUGGGUCAUGUUCAUUAGGGCACUAAACAGGAGAAAACUGACUGAGACAGGAGGAACUACAUUUUCCUUUACAUUUUCAGUUGCAAAAUGUUUUCUGUUGUGUGCCCUAAAGAACAAGACCUGGCUGUAUAUUAAAAUGCUGCAUGAGUCUAUUACCCUGAUAGGACACCUGAGGCCACUCCCAAUCCGAAUCAUGUCCUGUAUUUAACCUCUCAUACGUAUAUGGCUCUGCUUCCGAUGACAAAUCUCUUGGAAUCAACGUUUUCAGAGAAUACAUUUGAUAUUUGAUACACCCUUGAUGGGCAAGCAUUCAGUAUGCUCAGACCAGUAUUAGAGCAUGUGAACUGUGAUAUUGUGACUACUGAAUGACUCCUGUAUUACAAACAAUGACUGACAUAAUGAAGAACAGUUUGUAUUAUUUUGAGCGCAUGGCGAUUGACGAUAUCAUUGAAUAUUUGUACAUUUGAUUUUAACACUCAAUAACAGGACUGUAGCGUGCUGUUGACAGUUGUGUGCUGUAACUACAUAACUACAGCUAUUUAAGCAGCUUGUUGUUGCCUUUAAGUCAUCAUGCUACACAGUAUUCAACAAAAAAAGUUGUUCUUUAUGUAUAUUUCUGUGUAAACAUUCUUAAUUAUUAGAAAUCUGCUAAACCAAAUGCAUUAAUGUAAGAGUCAAUUGCUUAUGCCGUCUGAAUACCAACACAAUGAAAUUCUGGGGAAGACUGACCUGAAAACAAAUAUGAUCCACUUUGUUCUGCUGACAGUGUUUCAAAGACUGGCAGUCGAUUGUGCUGCUGCAUCAUGUCUCUGCUGGUAUGUGCUGCUGCAUCAUGUCUCUGCUAGUAUGUGCUGCUGCAUCAUGUCUCUGCUGGUAUGUGCUGCUGCAUCAUGUCUCUGCUAGUAUGUGCUGCUGCAUCAUGUCCUGCUAGUAUGUCUGCUGCAUCAUGUCUCUGCUAGUAUGUGCUGCUGCAUCAUGUCUCUGCUGGUAUGUGCUGCUGCAUCAUGUCUCUGCUAGUAUGUGCUGCUGCAUCAUGUCUCUGCUGGUAUGUGCUGCUGCAUCAUGUCUCUGCUAGUAUGUGCUGCUGCAUCAUGUCUCUGCUAGUAUGUGCUGCUGCAUCAUGUCUCUGCUGGUAUGUGCUGCUGCAUCAUGUCUCUGCUGGUAUGUGCUGCUGCAUCAUGUCUCUGCUGGUAUGUGCUACUGCAUCAUGUCUCUGCUAGUAUGUGCUGCUGCAUCAUGUCUCUGCUAGUAUGUGCUGCUGCAUCAUGUCUCUGCUGGUAUGUGCUGCUGCAUCAUGUCUCUGCUGGUAUGUGCUGCUGCUACUGAUGGUUCUGUGAACUAGGUACCCGAGCCUUUGUACAAGAAAUCACAAUAAAAUUGAUAUUUUACAUCAA